GUCAUCUUGUUCACGACUGAAUGAACUUUACUACAAUGCAUUCAAAAUUUACAUAGGACCAACCUACGCCGAGAAAAUAGUACCUGACUUUGACGAUGAAUAAAAUUACUUCCGAUGGUCCGAACAAAAUUUUGAACAUAGUUAUAAAAACUAGAAAGUCUAACUUAAAUUUUGAUACAAAAAUUAUUUUCCGCAAAUGAGAAUUAGGUACCCGCAUCUUUAAACAAAGACGCGCAUUUAUACAGUUGACCUCGGUCGACCUGCAGAGGGAGUCGCCAUAUUUGUUUUGCUACGCUAAUCGGUAUCGUUUGUGAAAAUCGAAAUGAAUUAAACCAUACUCGCUUAAACUCUACAGAAAAGUGGCUACGAUAAAGUUGUCUGAGUAGUGAUGGAGUAUCCAGGUCCCUUCUGCAAGGAAGUGGGAGUCUGCUGCAACUCCAUCAUAACCAAGAAACAUGAAAAAUCCAUUACUUUGACAAAUGGCAUUGUCGUUGAAAUAUUCAACUUCACGAAGAAGAAUGGUUAUACAUUAAAACAUUUUGUAGAAGUGCUGUGCCUGCUAAACGAUGACUGUAAGAAUGUGUCCCCAUCAACACUGACUUCAAAAGUAACCAGUGUUCUUGACUGUAAAAAGAAGUUAGUAAGUAAAAAGAAAGUUCCUGGUUUUCAAACAGUUGAACAAUUACUAAGAAAAGACUUCAAUGUGUGUGUAAAUAAGAAAACUGUUAAAGCCAUUGGUGAGUCAGUGCAAGUUGCUCAUGGCUGUGAGCAAAUAUGUGCUGUGUUGAACGAGGAAGGGCCUCAAACUGAAGGAACUCAAAUAGACAUUGGCGAUGGGGAUGAAUGUGGAAAUGACACCAAGCAAUUGAAUUUUCAAAAGUACAUGUGUCAGAAAAUGAGAAAAAAAUUAGAAAAGUUGAAGAACAAAAUAGCUACAGAGAAGUUAAAAUUAAAUGAGUGCAAACAGCGUAUUGGGCAUUAUUCAGUGAAAAACAUUAACAAAAGAGACGAAGCUGCAAAACUGAACCGAAAGUCUCUUCGUGAUGCACAGAAGCUUGUGCGCAAACAGGCCAAAAAGCUUCAGACUGCUAGAGAAACAAUUGAAAUGCUUCGAAAUGAAAACUGUUUGCUUGUUGAGUCAGUUGAAAGUGUUAAGAAUCUAAAACGUGACAAUGAGCUUGCAAACAUGCAACUGAGAACUGAAAUUAAAAAAAAGAGAUUGGCUCAAAAGUCAAACAGCAGUUUACGAAAGAAAAUUAAGAAGUUAAAGACUUCCGACGAAAAAGUGACCGCAAUUCAAUUAGUAAAACAAAAUGCAGACUUGAGACAGAAAUUAGAACGACUAACAUUUAUAGCCGAGGAAAAUGAUCUGCUGAUUGAGGACUUUCACCACAAACUAAAAGAGACAAAGGACUAUACAGACGUAAUAAGUAAAUCGAAUAACACAUACAGUGAAUAUUUCAGAAUGUGCGUUAUCCAGCUUGCUGGCUUAGAGGUAGCGACUGACAAAAUAAGUCCAGUGAUUUCUGUUGUAAGUGAGACAAUUUUUGACAAGUGUUUUGCGAAAGGGGCAUUGCCAAACAGCACAUCUGUACAAAGAAUUGUAGAUGAAGGACAGUUCAUCGCAAAGUCUUUUUUGGCAGAAAAGUUGGAAAACAGUCAAAGCUGGGGUCUAGGUAGAGAUGGAACGACCCGAAGAAAACAAAAAAUUGUUGACACAUCCAUUACGCUAGACAAUGGAGAAAUUGCUAGUUUAGGGUUUACACGCAUAGCCAAUGAAACCGCGCAAACUAUUCAAAAUGUAACAAAAGAACAAUUAAGCGAAUUAGGAUCAUUAAAUGGAAAUUCGUCAGAAGACUUUAUUGUCUCAUCACUGGCAAAACUGGCAUUCACCAUGAGUGAUAGAGCCUCAAAUGAAAAGUUGGCUGAUAAACUGCUGAACAAAUGGAGAGAUGACUUGUUGAAAAAUUGCAGUUCUGAAACAGAAGUGAAAAGUGUAAAAAACUUCCAUUGCAUGGCGCAUGUGCUGCUCGGGUUUCACAGAUAUGUUUGUACAGACAUUAAAUUACUUGAAAAGGAACUGAGUGAAGUAGGCGGCCCCCUUGGUCGUGACUCAUUGCCAGCAUUUAAAUUCUGGUCUAAAGGGGGGACAGUGAUUGAGCGUGUUGUGCGAACCACUGCAGACACCUUCGGACCUGCCGGGGAACAUUAUGGACUGCGUGACAGAUGGGAGGCCUACUGCAGGGACAAUGGAAUCAAGUCAACAAUCGGGAACUACCGCGACAACCGGUUCAACUGCCUCUUUCAGACGGCAGCUGAAAUCUUAGUCCAUCGACAAGAGUUCCUGACUGUCAUUAAAACGGUAAAAAAACCGAACAGAAAAAUUCAGGCCGUAUCUGCUGAUUUGCACUGCACAAGGAUAGCAACAUUGUUAGCUGCAACCGGCUUGAUGUAUGUCCAUGUGACUGGUCCUUAUUGGCAAUUAAUCACAUCAGGAAGUGUGCCAUAUCUGGAACUUUAUCCCCAUGUACAGUCACUGCACAAGUUCCUGUGUGAGAUUAAGGAUAAUUCUGAAAAACUUUUAAAUGGAACAGAAUUUUGGCAGACAGAGUAUGACAUCGCCCAGAAAGAAAGAUACCUGGUUGAAAUUCACAAAAAUAUUAAACCAGACAAUAAUGACGCCUUAGGUACCAUCAAGUGCAUUGCAAAAUCCAUGAUAAAGUGCAUCGAAAAGCAACUGUGUGACUUUCUGCCUGGUGGACAGUUCAGUGGUGCAACAAGUAAAAGUGACCUAGACAGGACAAAGUUUGCCCACUCUACAAAUCUCGGAUGCGAACAUCAUUUUGGCGAUCUAGACAGUUCACAGAAAAGACGCCCCAAUGCGUCUCUCCAUCAUCACACAUCUGUUCACCUGCUGAAAAGAAAUCGUGAGCAGAUGAAAAGAUGGUAUGAUGGUAUGACUAAAGAAGAAAAAGUAGCGUUGUGGAAAAAGGCAAGGAAGGGGGGUAAGGAAUUGAAGAUUAAACACCGCAAUCAGGAGAAACGUGUUUAUAGUGAAAUUUCGGAGAAUAUGAUAAAUGAAGUGAGCAAAAAACCUAGGCAGUACAAAAAGAAAAAAGUAGUAGAAACUGAUGAAAAUGAUGAAUGUGGAGAUGUGGAAAGGUGGUGUCCUGAAAAAGUUCAGACAGAAAACAUUAAAGAGACUGAUUAUGUGAUUGUUGCCUAUCAUGACAACUGGUACCCAGGUUGUACUGUAAAAAAAGAAGAAAAUAUAGUAAAAGUGAAAUUCAUGACAUCAUGUAAGGAAAAGGGAGUGUUUGUUUGGCCAGUGCGACAGGACAUCCAAACUGUGAAUGUAGAAUUUAUUUUAGACUUUGGGAUGGUUCCUGACUGUUUAAAGGGUGGAAGACAAUGGAUGUUUUCCGAACACGAGAGCUAUCAGGAAUCGUACGAACUGUACAAAAGCACCUACUUUUGAAAAAUGAGAUACUUUGCUAAAUAAAAGUAAAUUGUGUGUAGCAUGAGUGUGUUUGUAUUGAAAUACAUGUAUUGAGAUGUUCCAUAUGUAAGCACUUGACAUUAUUGCUGUUUAUUUGUUGAAUGUGGUAACUGGUAUUGACUUAUUAAAGAUUUUCACUGUUUAAAAGUGCAUGUUGUGGUGUUAUCCUUUACAACAAUUUAGGUUAUGAAAAAAAAUACAAAAUUAACAUUUUUUGAAUGAAAAUUAGGGUACUAUAUUUAUUUCUGAUCAUCAAAAUAAUGCUUUUAUUGUAAUCUACAGGAAAAAUGCCAUCAGUAUGUCAAAUUUCAAUUUGAUACCAUGUAUAGAAAAAAUUAUACAGAAAAAAGAAACAAAUUAUCAUUUAAAGCGGGUCCGCGAAUCGACGAGCAACUUAAAAGCUUAUUAUAGGGAAAAAAUUCACCAAAAUGGCCAUUUUUCCGAAGAUUCAAAUUACCAUAACUUUGUAUGUAGUUGAGAUAAAUUAAUAAAACAAACUGAUCUGAGCAGGAUUUAAUGAGAUCUUUCAGAUUAUAUCAAAACAUUUAAGAGUUCUGUUAGUUGAAUUUUUUGUGGGGGUUGCUAUUGUUAAACCAUUGAAUUAUUUAAGCAUGAUUAAUUCACAAUUUUUUCCCAAAUGAGCCGUUUCAUCGAAGCAAAAAUUCCCAAAAUGACCAAUUUUGUCGAUAAAAAAUUCCCAAUUUGGUCAGACUCCUUUUCCCAAAAUAGGCAGAAAAACCCCUGA